CUUCCUUUCUCUCUCCUCAAAACACAACACCACUCUCGCUCCCACCUACUCCUCUCUCUCGCUCUCUCUCUCUCUCUCUCUUCUCGUAGUUUGAUCGAUCUCAAUCUCUUAGCUACAGGGGACUAAGAUUGUUGUUACCAUGGCGACUCAAAAUCCUUUCAAGAGUAUUUUGAAGACGCUGGAGAAGCCUGCUGGUGAUGGUGAAUUUGGAAAUUACUAUAGCUUGACAGCGCUCAACGAUCCCAGAAUCGAUAGGCUUCCUUACUCUAUCAGGAUACUUUUGGAAUCUGCAAUCCGUAAUUGUGAUGAGUUUCAAGUUAAGAGUAAUGACGUUGAAAAAAUUAUUGAUUGGGAGAAUACCUCUCCCAAACAGGUGGAAAUUCCAUUCAAGCCAGCUAGAGUGCUUCUGCAGGAUUUUACUGGGGUGCCUGCUGUUGUUGAUCUUGCUUGCAUGCGAGAUGCGAUGAACAAGCUUGGAGGUGAUUCAAAUAAAAUUAACCCCUUGGUGCCAGUAGAUCUUGUCAUUGAUCACUCUGUUCAGGUUGAUGUGGCGAGAUCAGAAAAUGCUGUUCAGGCAAAUAUGGAACUUGAAUUCCAGAGGAACAAGGAAAGAUUUGGUUUCCUCAAAUGGGGUUCAAAUGCAUUCGAUAACAUGCUUGUUGUUCCUCCUGGAUCAGGGAUAGUCCAUCAGGUUAAUUUAGAAUACCUUGGUAGAGUUGUGUUCAACACAAACGGUGUGCUUUAUCCUGACAGUGUCGUUGGAACUGAUUCCCACACAACUAUGAUAGAUGGCUUGGGUGUUGCAGGGUGGGGAGUUGGUGGAAUUGAAGCAGAAGCUGCGAUGCUUGGGCAGCCCAUGAGCAUGGUCCUACCAGGUGUCGUUGGGUUUAAAUUAUUAGGCAAAUUACGAGAUGGUGUAACAGCUACUGACUUGGUGUUGACUGUUACUCAAAUGCUAAGAAAGCAUGGGGUUGUUGGCAAGUUUGUGGAGUUUUAUGGGGAAGGCAUGAGUGAACUUUCUUUAGCAGAUCGUGCCACCAUAGCAAACAUGUCUCCUGAGUAUGGUGCAACCAUGGGCUUCUUUCCUGUGGAUCAUGUCACUUUGCAAUAUUUGAGACUGACUGGCAGAAGUGAUGAGACUGUUUCUAUGAUAGAAUCCUAUUUACGGGCUAACAGGAUGUUUGUGGACUACAGUGAGCCCCAAGUGGAGAGAGUGUACUCAUCAUAUUUGGAGCUCAAUCUUGAGGAUGUAGAACCCUGUGUCUCAGGUCCAAAAAGGCCUCAUGAUCGUGUCCCUUUGAAAGAAAUGAAGGUAGAUUGGCAUGCCUGCCUCAACAAUAAAGUUGGGUUUAAGGGUUUUGCUGUACCAAAAGAAUCUCAGAAUAAGGCUGUAGAGUUUACAUUCAAUGGGACACCAGCACAUCUUAGGCAUGGGGAUGUUGUUAUAGCUGCUAUCACCAGCUGUACAAAUACCUCAAAUCCUAGUGUAAUGCUCGGAGCUGCAUUGGUUGCAAAGAAAGCAUGUGAAUUGGGAUUGCAGGUGAAGCCAUGGAUUAAAACAAGUCUUGCUCCAGGUUCUGGUGUUGUAACUAAGUAUUUGCAGAGGAGUGGCUUGCAGAAGUAUUUGAAUCAGCUAGGGUUUCAUAUAGUUGGGUAUGGAUGCACGACAUGCAUUGGAAAUUCAGGGGAUAUUGAUGAAUCGGUUGCAUCUGCAAUUACGGAAAAUGAUAUAGUAGCUGCAGCUGUAUUGUCUGGAAAUAGGAACUUUGAGGGCCGAGUUCAUCCAUUAACAAGGGCUAAUUAUCUUGCUUCUCCUCCUCUUGUCGUUGCUUAUGCCCUUGCUGGCACAGUGGACAUUGACUUUAACACUGAACCUGUUGGGAUAGGGAAGGAUGGAACAAAGAUCUUCUUCAGGGAUAUUUGGCCAUCAAAUGAAGAAAUAGCGAAUGUUGUACAAUCAAGUGUGCUGCCUGAGAUGUUUAGGGAUACAUAUAAUGCAAUUACCAAAGGCAAUCCCAUGUGGAAUAAUUUAUCUGUUCCAGCUGGCACUCUCUAUGCCUGGGACUCUGCAUCAACUUAUAUUCAUGAGCCACCUUAUUUUAAAGAUAUGAGCAUGUCUCCCCCAGGUGCUCAUGGAGUGAGGAGUGCUUACUGUUUGCUCAACUUUGGAGACAGUAUUACAACUGACCACAUCUCUCCAGCUGGCAGCAUACAUAAGGACAGUUCUGCAGCCAGAUACCUUAUAGAACGUGGGGUUGACAGACGAGACUUCAACUCCUAUGGAAGUCGCCGAGGCAAUGAUGAGGUGAUGGCACGAGGAACUUUUGCCAAUAUUCGCCUUGUCAACAAAUUCUUGAAUGGAGAAGUUGGACCUAAAACUAUUCACAUUCCUUCAGGGGAGAAGUUAUCAGUAUUUGAUGCUGCACUGAAAUACAAAAGUGAGGGGCAUGAUAUGAUUAUUUUGGCUGGUGCGGAGUAUGGGAGUGGAAGUUCUCGUGAUUGGGCUGCAAAGGGACCAAUGCUACUGGGCGUGAAAGCUGUAAUAGCAAAAAGUUUUGAAAGGAUUCACCGAAGUAAUUUAGUGGGAAUGGGUAUCAUUCCUCUGUGUUUUAAGCCUGGGGAGGAUGCUGACACUCUUGGAUUGACUGGCCAUGAACGUUACACCAUUGAUCUUCCAAGCAGUGUGAAUGAAAUACGACCUGGUCAAGAUGUUACAGUGGUGACAGAUAAUGGGAAGAAGUUUGUAUGUACCCUGAGAUUUGAUACAGAGGUUGAACUUGCUUACUUCAAUCAUGGAGGCAUCUUACAAUAUGUCAUCAGAAACUUGAUCAAUGCUAAACAUUGAAUCGGAUAU